AUGUCCACACCAACUGAGCUUCUCGAGAAGAAGAUCCGCCGCCGCGAGGCUGUCCUCCGCGCCCGUGAGGCCGAGACUGCAGCGCGCGAGGCGGAGCUCGAGGACCUGAAGGAGUCCCUCCAGAAGCUCCAGUCCGCGCGCAACGGCAUCCGCGACGCGAUCGAGGACGCCCUAUCAAACAAACCCACCACCAUUGCGCCGACCGACGUGCUGGAGAUGGCCGUCGAGGGCAACACCGACACCGACCCCUUUGCGAACGGUGACAUCACCGCCGAGGAGGCUAUCAAGCUCGCCCUAAUCAGCAUGAGGAAGGACCUCGGCCGCAGGGGACUCGUCAAGAUGAUCAUCCAGGCCGCCGUCCAGGCGAGCCAGCUGGACGCCGAGGGCGUCAUCAAGGCGGCGCUCGAGACGGUGCGAUCCUGUGACCUCGACACCAGCGACGUCGUCCGGGCUGCGCUCCAGGCGUCUCGGAACGUCAACCACAUCUUCGUCUCUGACAUAAUUCCCCCUGCCGUCGGCACCGCCAUGGAGAGGGGCAUCGAGGCCCCCGUUGUCGUCAAGGAGGCGUUCGUCAGCGCCGUGAGGGGUGACCCGUCCAUGGUGAGGACCUCGGUGCUGUCUGUGCUGGGAUGUGCCAUGGGAAUGGGAAUGAACUACCGGGACAUCAAGAGUAUCAUCAAGGCUUUCUCCAAGGAGAUCAAGCUUGGUGAGGCCACUGAGGUGCGCCAGAGCAUUGCUGCUAACGCUGCUAGCCCGAGCAAGGUUGUCCGAUUCCAAUCUCCUCCUCAGCCUCAGAAUGCCAACCAAACGCCGUCCCAGGAGCCCCAGAAAUCCCAGAACCCACAAGAGCCGGAGAAGCCCCAAUCAAGCAACAAGAAGAGCGGCAACGGAGACAAUGUCGACUCCUCAGUCGUCCAGGCCAUGGUCGAGGCCGCUCUGGAGUCGAUUGACAGCGGCGGCCCGGGGAUGCGUGCCCUCGGAGACCCCUUCAUGAUGGUCGCCCAGUGGCCCGGAGAAUACUCUGCAGCGUACGAGGCUGUCCAGGAGGUCCUGGCCGAGAGGACCCGCGCCAAGGGCAAAUCAUCCAAGCGAAGUGAAGCUUAUUCCGACGACGAUCAGCCGCAAGGCCCGGCCAGCAAGAAGGUCAAGCUCAACUACCGCGGUGAAGACCACCGCGACAAGGGUCAGUGA